AUGUUUACUUCAGCGUUGAAGUCGUUCAACUCCAACAUCUCCGCCAAUUAUCAGAUUGCGCCUCACCCCACAGUCUACUCGGGCCCCUGGAAAAUUCACGAUGCCAAAAAGAAGUCCACAGGGACGGCCGCCUCGGUAUUCAUCUUUGAUCGCAAGUCCCUCGAGCCGCGAUCUGGGGGGUUUGGGUCCCGUUCAGGGGGCUCCUCCAAAAAGCUACAAGAAGAUGUUAUCGAGAGGCUCAAGCGCGAGGCCGGCAAUCUUGCCCGUCUGCGACACCCGUCCAUACUCCAAGUGCUAGAACCCGUGGAAGAAACUCGUGGUGGAGGUCUCAUGUUUGCAACGGAGCCUCUCAUCGCAUCGCUUUCGGGGCUGCUACUCGAGAAGGGCGAACAGGAGAGUGCGCUCGGCGCCGGUUCACGCUCUAGCCGCUAUGUGGUGGAAGAGGCCGAUGGGAGUCGGAGACGACGAGAUUUAGAGAUUGAUGAGCUGGAGAUUCAAAAGGGAUUACUGCAGGUUGCAAAGGGUCUGGAGUUCCUCCAUGAAUCUGCAGGUCUGGUUCAUGGCAACCUGAACCCAGAUGCUAUCUUCAUCAAUGCCAAAUCAGACUGGAAAAUCUCCGGUCUGGGCUUCGCAGGACCACCAGAUUCCUCAGAGACAAAAUCAUCUCUCCCUCUUUUGGCCGUCUCGGAGGUUCUCUACCAAGAUCCAAGGCUUCCCGCUUCGGUGCAGCUGAACAUGGACUUCACGUCUCCGGAUUUUGCCCUGGACUCCAAUGUGUCAUCAUCCGCCGAUCUGUUCUCGCUGGGUCUAAUCAUCAUUGCUUUGUAUAAUUCACCCCAUGUCUCACCGAUCCAGGCACAUGCCAAUUUGUCAACCUACAAGAAGCUUUUGGGCUCCUCAUCAACCACCCCAUCACAAGGCAACAAUUUCCUUUGUUCAAAUGCUAUUCCUCCGGGUGUCCUAUCCCAUGUCUUGCCCAGAUUGAUCACUCGAAGACCCGCCCAGCGCAUGAACGCAAGAGAGUUUCAGCAGUCUCCAUAUUUCGAUAAUGUUCUGGUAUCCACGAUUCGGUUCCUGGAAUCGCUACCGACGAAAAAUGCGAGCGAGAAGUCACAAUUCUUGCGUGGGCUUCAACGAGUCCUGCCUGAUUUUCCUGUUUCGGUUUUGGAAAGAAAGGUGCUGGGGGUAUUGUUGGAUGAGAUGAAGGAUCGCGACCUCCUUCCCCUUAUUCUACACAACGUCUUCGGAAUACUUCAACGGAUUCCCAAUGGACGCCGCGUCUUUCCUGAAAAGAUUAUUCCUUGCUUAAAGGAAGUGUUUGGGACAAUUCCAGCAAAGACAGCACAAGAACGCGAUUCCAAGAAAGAUGCAGGUCUGAUGGUUGUGUUGGACAACAUGAAACUCGUCGCAGAGAACUGCUCGGGCCUGGAGUUCAAAGAAGAUAUUUUGCCUUUGAUCCGGCUGGGGCUUGACUCACCUACCCAUUCCGUGGUAGAUGCUUCUAUCAAAAGUCUACCUGUUUUUCUUCCCGUUCUUGACUUCAGUACCGUGAAGAAUGAGGUCUUUCCUCCAAUUGCCAGUACAUUCAGUCGUACCAGUAGCCUUGCCAUCAAGGUUCGCGCUUUGGAGGCAUUCGCCGUGCUCUGCGGAGGAUCUGUCGGUAACUCUAGUCUUGAAGACGAUCUUUCUGGAGCAGUGCAAGCGAACAAAACUGUCAAAUCAUCCAUUCUGGACAAAUACACCAUCCAAGAGAAACUUGUCCCAUCUCUCAAGGCAAUCAAGACAAAAGAACCCUCGGUGAUGGUAGCAGCAUUGAAAGUAUUUCGUGAAGUUGGCAAGAUUGCAGACACCGACUUCCUUGCUGUCGAGAUCCUUCCUGUUCUUUGGAGCUUUAGUCUUGGCCCUCUUCUUAACCUUCAACAGUUUAAUGAAUUCAUGGCUUUGAUCAAAUCGCUGUCUACCAAGAUUGAGAAAGAACAGACGAGGAAGCUACAAGAACUCUCGUCAAGUGGUGGAUCAACUGGAUUCCAGAACGGAACCAGCGGUUUCUCCCAGUCAGCGACGGAUCUCUCUUCAUCAGACACUGAUAAUUCAAGGAAUAACUUUGAGCGUCUUGUGCUUGGAAAGAGCACGACUGCUUCGGUCAGCAAUGAAAUAGAUAUGUGGGGUGGCAGUGAACCCGCAUCCGCCUCCAAACAGACCUCGUCGCCUGUGUUUUCGUGGUCAACGAAUAAUGGAUCAGCACUGAAGCCAGCGAGCCCAUCAAGUCAGCUUGGCUUCCGCUCCAUCACCCCAGACCAAAACCUCAGUUCUUUCCCAUCUCUCGCGCCCGCAAGACAACCAUCACCUGCAGCGGCGGCUUUCCCCACCAUGCAACCUAUGCAGCCCAUGCAACCAUCAUCACCAACUUGGGGCACUCGAGCUCACGGAGGAAAUCCAAAUUCAUCAUUGGCUUCGCUUGCCGGUAUGACUGCUAGUACACCAAUACCUCAACAGGCGCCCAAUUACUCGGCCUUUUCGAUCCCGCCUCCACCAGGGAUGAACUCAAAUAAUACCAUAAAAUCUCCGUUGGGCAUAAAUACAACUCCGGCAGCGUUCUCGCAGCCCCAGACUCAGUAUCAACCGCCACCAGCACAGAAGCAAGGGUUGGAUAAAUAUGAAAGCUUGAUAUGA